CCGCCUUCGAGAAAAAUCCACCAGGCCACAAUUCUUCACUCAUCCAUCAUUUCGUCUCGUGUUCUUUUUUCCUUCCUUCUGUUGCGUAUCCUCUUGGGAUCUCCCUCCUCCACCCUCCUCCACCGCCCCCCCUGGUCGGUGGUCAUCAUCCUCCACGCCCAAAACGCCUCCAUCGUAACGUAACCUCCGGCCGCCGCAUGUUGGCAAAUUCAUUGUCGUUCGCCGCACAGACGCUACCACCCCUUCUCACGUUUCCCUUUGCAGAUCCGAUUGCCAGUCUAACUUCUGCAACUGGAGUAGCACCAAGCACCGCAUCGCCCCCGGUCCCCUGUCAAAAGGUUGGCCUCCGCCUUACCAGACUAAACGACGUUAGAAGGCGCACUUGAUGCUUCGGCUAUUGCACUUUCUGGUAUUAGGACCCUGACCGCCGUCUUCACGCCCUCAAAGCCCUCAGCUCCGAAUGAUUCAUGGUUAUCCCAAUCCCAACUGUGCCAGCCUUUUAGUCGUACCCCCUCCUCUUUCUGGCCCGCUCCAGGCUUCCCCGGGCCUUUCUGUUCUGUUUCUUCAGCAUCUCGACAACCACACCUCCAAAGUCUCUUUUUCCCGUCAGGUUUUGUCGCCUUGCCGUUCUUUUUCGCCGUCGUCCUGCGCUUGCGGCUUUUGCCCCCGUGGAAUAUCCUUCGGACAGCUGCAUUUUCUGAGCGUCUUCUCUCGCACCAAUAUCUUUGAUUCUAGAUCUGGACGCUGGCUGGCGCCUCCGCGAUAUCUUUUGCCAACCUACUUACCGACGCUCCAUCUCUUGGUCUCCCAACCUCGGUUGUCUAGCUGGACAGGUUCUGGUAUAUCCUAAUUGAACUGUCAUGUGGCUUGGAUAAACCUCAGAAUUGGUCCAACAACAGCCUGAUCAUCAAGCGCUCAACUCCAUCCACCACAUCUUCACCGCCAUCCCAGCGCAUAUCCGACGCACCCCGUCACCUCAAACACCGACGAGUUCACUAUUGGCAACCACGGUGGUCCUGCUUUCAAAACCGCCCCGAUUAAUUCUACCGCCUGUGUAGCAACCCCUAUGUUACUUCCUGCCGUGUCAGGUCUGCUUUAAGUGGAGGAUUUUGUUCUGUUAUCGAUUUGCUUCGACUGGUCAAUGGGGAACUCUCAGGGCAAGCCUGUGGUCUUGACCGAUGAAGUCAACCUCAACCAUUUUCGGUUACUCAGGGUCGUAGGCAAAGGUGCCUUCGGCAAGGUUCGCAUUGUAGAACGCAAAGACUCAGGCUUGACAUUUGCUCUCAAAUACAUCCGCAAGGAUGAAGUGGUUCGCUCCGAAAGCGUUCGCAAUAUUAUUAGAGAACGGCGGAUGCUGGAGCAUCUAAACCACCCGUUCUUGUGCAAUCUCCGCUACAGUUUCCAAGAUGUCGAGUAUCUGUAUCUUGUGGUCGACCUGAUGAAUGGUGGCGAUCUUCGCUUCCACAUCCAACGGAAGGCCUUCACCGAGGACACGAUUCGCUUUUGGAUGUCCGAGCUGGCUUGUGCUCUCCGCUACAUCCAUAGCCAAGGCAUUGUGCACCGCGACCUCAAACCGGAUAAUGUGCUUCUGGACUCGGAAGGUCAUGUUCAUCUGGCAGACUUCAACGUCGCCUCCGACUUUAAGCCUGGCAAGCCUCUGACGAGCAAAUCAGGCACCUUGGCCUAUCUCGCACCCGAAGUGUUCAGAGGCUCGGGAUACUACAGUGAAGUGGAUUGGUGGUCAUUGGGUGUGACGAUGUACGAAUGUGUCUAUGGAAAGAGGCCGUUCGAAGGACGGACUCAUGAAGAAUUGGUCGACUCUAUCUGUGCGGCCAACCCGCGAUAUUUUGUUACGAAACCCCCGGUGUCCAUGCCAUGCCUUCAUGCCAUGACAGCUCUGAUCGAGAAGGACCGACGAAAACGGAUCGGGGCCACUGGUUUCGACACCUUCACCUCACAUCCCUUCUUCACUUGCAUCAACUUUGAAGCGCUAGAACGAAAACAAAUCCCUCCGGUGUUUAUUCCCUCGAGUGAAAAGACCAACUUUGAUGCCACCUACGACCUGGAAGAAUUACUGCUGGAAGAGGCCCCCUUGGAGGCUCGAGCGAGGAAACAGAAGCCGCGGGCGGAAUUGCGCAACGAUGCCACGAGCAAGGAAAUUCGGGAAGAUGAGCUCCACCGCAUGAUCGAGACCAUGUUUGAGCCUUUUGACUAUACCCUGGCUAGUUAUGAUGUGAGUGCUGCGGCAGCGGUUGCUGGAGUUGUACCGGAAGAACAUGUUGAAUUAGACAUGGCGCAACCAGAAUCACAUUCUGUCCCCACGUCGCCAGACGGAUCACCACCGAUCUCGCCCACCGCGGUCACGACGCCUCCGCGGGCGGAAGAAAACUUUCCACCGUUAGACGAGUUGAAAGCGGCAGCGUCACAAUCGUUGCCACCUGGACCGCCUGGGCCCCCUGCACCAACUGGUCGACCCGCAUCUUCUUCGAAAUCCUUCAGCAGACCGAUCCCCCCACAACGACCGAUGCCCGCCCAGCGGCAGACAAGCAAAGGCGGUGGAGUUCAAAUGGUGUUGGAUGAGUCGGGAAGCUGGACGAAUCUGGCGGACCAGACUGCCCCGCAUCAUCAAGACAUGGUGGGUGACGGUGGUAAAAUUGAGAAAAGUAGCGGCAGUAUGCUAGGGUUCUUGAGCAGGAAGAAAGGAAGAGAUCGAAGCCCGAAACCAAAAGAGGCGGGCGUAUUAGGCAAAGUUGGAGCAAGACAUGUUAUCAGCUGAACCGCCACACAUCGCGGCGGCAACCAAACACCUUCUCACCUCAGACUUGACAAGGUCGAAUCCGACCCGGAUUUGAGUCGACUCAACCCCCGGACCUGCAAGGCCUAGAUGCGCCAAGCGCUUUUCUACGACAACAGCACAAAAUCUGGCAGAUCGAGGACGGGGCGGCACGACGCCAUACCGGCAUGGGCCCGCUCUAAAGUGUCUCUCGCUCUGUGUCAAGAUUCAAGAAGCAGUCUCGGCCUGCUAAGGAUACCAUUGGACAGCAAGAACCACCACAGCGAUUCUCAAGCAGGUCACGGUAUGACGGGAAUCUAUAUAGGACAGGACAAGUCAGCCUCAAAUUGACCAUUACAACGCGAUCUGAAGCUGACAAGAUUGGGAAUUGGAGGAACAACCGGCGACAGGCAGUCGGAGGCGCAAUUGUAUGACUAGCCAACAUGUAAUGCUACAAGACUCAAGAUGCUCCCUGGCAGCAGGCCAUACACAGGACAGGAUAUUACCCAAUAGAUAAUUCAACUGCGGACCAAGAA